UAUCAGCAACCUUGUAAUGGUUCAGUCUACGCUAACAGCAAAAAUAUCAACUGCUUUAUUAAAAAUAAAGGCAUAUAAUAUAAAACCUGUGAGCUGUAGUGAACCCCAGGUCAUAUAUCAUCUGAGGCGCCAGCAUGUAACUGCUGCUCCAUUUAAGGUGGAACGGGAAAACGCGAAUAAACAGCUGGUGAACAGGAAUCCAACUUCAGCCUCGUCCGUACGAGCCUGUACGGCCGUUAAAUCUCAAGCAUGAGGCACAUUUAAAUUUGAGAGCGUUUUAACGUGGAGAUACAGGGUUAUCUGGAUAGCCUACACCUUAAAAAUGACGCUUCCAGCUUUGCAAAACACGAGUGUUUUCUUUCGGAGGAUUCUGUCACAGUUUCCUCAGGAUAUUAGCUUAGCCUUCGCCUAUGGGUCUGCAGUGUUUAAACAGGCUGGCACUACUCAAGGUCAGAUGGGGAAGAACAUGCUGGACUUCGUGCUCGCUGUGGACGACCCCGUCACUUGGCACACAAUGAACUUGAUAGAAAACAGGAAACACUACUCUUUCUUGAAAUAUCUUGGUCCAAAGCAGAUAAGCAGCAUUCAGAAUGACUAUGGCGCUGGAGUCUACUUCAACACGUUGGUGCCCUCCGAUGAACGGCUCAUCAAGUAUGGAGUCAUCAGCACUGAUGCCUUGAUAGAUGAUCUACUUCACUGGAAAACGAUGUACAUAGCAGGACGAUUACACAAACCAGUGCGGAUUCUGCUGCAGAGUGAGAAUGGGAAGCUGCGCGCUGCGCUGAUGGCCAAUCUGAAGAGCGCUAUGAACGCCUCCUUCCUUAUGCUUCCAGAGAGCUUCUCUGAGGAAGACCUUUUUCUUCAGAUAGCUGGACUCUCUUACUCUGGGGAUUUCAGGAUGGUGAUUGGUGAGGAUAAAUCCAAAGUAUCCAACAUUGUGAAGGACAACAUGCAGCACUUCCGAAUCUUAUAUAAUAACAUUCUGCAAGAUUGCCCGCAGGUGGUGUACAAGCCACAGCAGGGGAGGCUGGAGGUGGACAAAAGCCCUGAGGGCCAGUUUACUCAGCUGAUGGCUCUGCCGAGGACCCUCCAGCAACAGAUCACACGGCUGGUGGAUCCACCUGGGAAGAAUAGGGAUGUGGAGGAGAUUCUGCUGCAGGUGGCUCAGGACCCUGACUGUGGCUUGGUAGUACAGCAAGGGAUCUACUCAAUAGUGAAAACCUCCAGCAUAACACAGAGUGCCAAAGGAAUCAUUACAGCAGGACUCAUGAAAUCGGUGUCAUAUAGUACGAAAAAGCUGCGGAAAAUGUGGAGAGGCUGGAGGAGAAAGACGCCAUGACUUCUCGUCUCUUUCCCUGCUUUUAACGAACUCUGUUGCACUGACUGACCAUUAUCUGUGUGUGCACCCUGUCCUUGUUAAAUAAUUUCAGAUCUGAGUGUAUAACAUUUUAUAUAAGAGCCCGCAAGUUGUGUCUAAGUGUAAUACUGGUAGAGAAGUAUUCAGAUGAACGGAGAGAGAUUUAUUUAUGGUUGUAUGUGAUUUAUAUGUUGUAUAAAUUCCAUAAUGACUGAUUUUAGGCAUGUGUGCAGAUUUGCUGUCUUUGCUCUGUGCUGCUCUGUGGGGGAUUCAUGAUGGACAUCAUACUGUUACAUCUUUAAACUGGACUGAAAGUGAUUGCCAACAUGCCACAGGUUUCUGAACAGAUUUUGUAAAAUGAGUAUUGCCAAAUGGUUUGAUUUCAAAUAAAUAAAUCAGUAAACAUACAAACAAAUCUGCCAGAAUUGACUGGAUGCAUAUCUGGCAACCCCAAGUGAUACAGUACAGUCUUUGGUACAGUAAGUUAGUAAUAGUAGAAAAUAAAGGUAACGAUUUGAGUAUGUCUCGUUUAUUAUUAAUAUAUCCCGUUUCCAUCCACUUUUAACACAAAUUGCAAUUUGUUUUUAAAAAGAUUUUUGCUGCCCAGCAGCUUGUUUACAUCACGCUCACUUUUAGUGAUACAACACUUUACGUAAUGAUGCCCUUUGCUGUUUUGU